UUCUCAAUUUAACACAAAACAAGUUCACGUGUACAUUGCAUGUUUUAAAGCGUAUUAAGAAAAAGUAAUGCCUAAUUAGCCUGCGCCAGUGGUUAGGAGUAACCCACAACCACAUUAACUGGUGCUGUAAAUUGAUAAGCCAGUGCAACGGGACAAUGCAAAGUUGUCAGAAACCGAUUUUAUGCAGUGUAUUAUGGCAGAUGCUAGAUUAAAAUAUCAGAUUUUCAAGUACUAGGUGCUGUGUGGUUUCUUUAAUUUAGAUGUAGGCUACUGUGCCGACAUUGUCGUUUAAAAUAUGUUUGCCUACCCUGGCGAUCGUGUCAAACUCUGCCUAUGAAUAUCGCACGCAUGUUUACAAUACAAACAAUGGUUAUGACACAAAAUACUGUAAAAUAAAUAGUCUUCUACAUAUAUCAGGGAUAUUUGUAUUUGCGACAGCAGAAUGGUGCUUUAACCAUGGCUCUUGAUUGCUGGCAACCUGCGCGCUCUCUGACGUGACUGCCUCUUCGGUGGCCGUCCGGGGAGAACGCAUGCAUGUUCGGUUCAAUGUUUACAGCAUUGGCAAUUUUAUUCAAUACAAAAUACAACUUAUAGGAAUUGUAAUUGCUUUAUAAUUAAUUGAGUGUUCGAUUGAAAUAAUAUAUUGCUUGAUAUAGUAAAAUCAAUAAAACAUGACUUCUUAAUAGUGAAUUAGAAUUUAUAGAUAUGGUAUUUUUCCAUAAUAAUAAUAAGAUUAAACAUAUAUUUCCGAUUGUCCAAACAAUACAUUCUUCCAAUGCUAGCAAGGGGCUUGUGACUUUGGCCGUUUGCUUUUAAUGUGAAAUCAGACAGGAAGUCAAAUGUACCUUCAGGUUCAUAUCAACCUCAAUCUAGAAGAAGAGCCUAUUAUCUCUGUGAAACCUUCGAAUUUGAUGCAUAUUAAAGAUUUACCCGGAGCAAGUGGCGUGUUCAUUUGAAAUGCCACCAAGAAUCAGUCCCCUCACAGAUGCCUGUCACCAUGUCGGUUUAAAGACUGACAAAACAUGGAAACUGGAGGUGAAGUACAUCAAUGCAAUAAAAGGGCGUGGGGUGUUCGCCAUAGGUUCAUUCUCCAAAGGAGAUUUUAUAGUGGAAUACAGGGGAGAUUUGAUAAGCGAAGCAUUGACGCCUCGAAGGAAGAUGGUUCUUUCGGCCGCCUGGUGAACGAUGACCACAGACAUCCCAAUGCCAGGAUGAAGAGAAUAGACAUUGCAGGAAGCACACACCUCUGUCUUUUUGCUCUCAAAGACAUAAAAGAUGGUGAAGAAAUUGCACAUAAUUAUGGAGGAGAGGACUGCCCAUGGCGAAAGCAGAUGACUACAUGUGAACCUGAGACGUCCUGUGUGAGCUCCCAGUCUGUGCUCAUGUCAGAGCCACAGUGGGAUGAAGCUGCCUGGUUAGAGGACACUGGUCAACAGAUGACUACAUGUGAACCUGAGACGUCCUGUGUGAGCUCCCAGUCUGUGCUCAUGUCAGAGCCACAGUGGGAUGAAGCUGCCUGGUUAGAGGACACUGGUCAACAGAUGACUACAUGUGAACCUGAGACGUCCUGUGUGAGCUCCCAGUCUGUGCUCAUGUCAGAGCCACAGUGGGAUGAAGCUGCCUGGUUAGAGGACACUGGUCAACAGAUGACUACAUGUGAACCUGAGACGUCCUGUGUGAGCUCCCAGUCUGUGCUCAUGUCAGAGCCACAGUGGGAUGAAGCUGCCUGGUUAGAGGACACUGGUCAACAGAUGACUACAUGGGAACCUGACACGCACUGUGUGAGCUCCCAGCCUGUGCUCAUGUCAGAGCCAAAGUGGGAUGAAGCUGCCUGGUUAGAGGACACUGGUCACCAGAAGAGGAAACUGUUGGAGGCACGGAGGGGGAAUCAAAUCCCAGCAAAACAGAGACGCAAACUGCCACCAGCAGAAGAUGGAGCAUCUUCUACAGUCUGUGCUGUGAGCCAUGUUCUUCCAAAGGCUGCAGGAAUCGGUCUGUUUCUUUUCUUUGUAAACUGACUCGAUUGCAGCUUUUCUGCACCACCGCCUGGUCUCGUCUGCUUUCUAGGUGAGGCGUAGUUCCUCUUGCGUGUUUCAACUAACCUAUUUGUUUGUCCCUGUGAUGACGUUAAUUUUCAUGGCUACUUGGAUGCAUGUUAAUGCAGGAGUCAACCAACAGACUGAGAGUGGAACACUCCAAUCAAUCAUUUUUUUUAUAGCACCUUUCAUACAGUUAGUGCAGUUCAAAGUGCUUCACAGAUGGCUGAGAAAGCAGAUAAUAGGACAUAUAUUAAUUGAAGAUGAAAGAAAGAUUGCAGACAAAGGAAUUAUGACAAGAAAAUUAUAAUGUUAAAUAAGAAAAAGAAAGCUGCCAUAAUAUCGAAGACAUAAUGCUACUGUUGCUAAAAAACAAAAAUAAGGAAUUAAUAUUAUAGUCUCUAAAUGAAAGUGUGUGGCAUGUAAUACAAUAAAAAGUUUUUAGUUGACACUUUACAAUAAGGUGUACUAAUGAGCAGAUCACUGAGGAUUGUUGAUGCAGGACAUGAAACUUAUAGGAACUGUAUCUCCUUCCUGAUACUUUCAUGUAAACAUCUGUUUUUCUACUCAUUUACAGGAAAGGCUCCACUCAAAAGGGAACCAUGGCAGCCAGCAGAGAUAAAGGCCGUCGAGAGGCACAUAAAGGCUUUAAUACAUGCUUGCACUGUGCCAAAAAUGUCUAACUAAACUAAAUCUGUAGGUGGCGAAGAAGUUAAAGCUGCGUCACGCUUUGAACUAAACACUUUUUCCAUCUAGUGUCGACUGGGUUUUUGGAUUGUCGGUGCCAUUAAAGUAGCAUUAAUAAUCGUCGUAAUAAUCCUAACGAUUAUUAAUGCUACUUUAACGGCAUAGACAUUCCAAAAACCCAGUCGACACUAGAUGGAAAAAGUGUAUAGAACAAAACGUGAUGCAGCUUCCCUUUUUUUCUUCGCAACCUACAGACUUUGUUAUGUACGAUUAUUCAAACACGCCAUGUUAUUUAAUAUAGACAUUUGACCGAGGGAAACGGAGCCUCAGAGGUCGAACUUAUUCUCUCGAGGUCUAUGUUACUUCCAUUUAUAUUGUGACUAUUCUGUAUCUUGAUGCCUCUUCCUGGCCCACAAGGAUACACCAGCAGGUUCUGACAUGUAUUAACCGCACUCUGAUGGCUCGAGUCUGUGCGUGAUGUGUGUCUAUGCUAAUGUAUGUAUGUGCUGGUAUACUUUUAAAAAUAAAGUAUCAAUGCAUCUAAUUCUCCAUCCGUCUCUGGUGCUAUUUACUGUGGACCCACACCUGUUUGGGAGAUCCCUCCCAUGUGUGAGGGUGGCAUCGAUGGUGUUGGUAAAAUAAAAACCCAUACACACACAUAGUGCACGGUAAUAUCAUGAAAUAAGUUGGUAUCACGCCACAUAUAGAUGGUGGAUGGCCAAGAGGAACAUUUGCAGAGGGCAUGGCCGCCCCUGGUUCCAGGGGCUCUCGGAAAUUGAGAGGUUAAAACACCUUGGCCCUCUGGCUAUACUCUAUAUACUCUCCUCGGGCUAUAUAUAUUUAUGUACAAUCAGGUCCCCAUUAGUCACCAAAUAAUCUGUGUGAAAUAUUCUAAUUUAUGUAAAUGAUGUCCCCUGAAAGCAUGUUUACUGGUUCUUCCGGAAGUCCCCAUAAAGCCUGGUUAAACCAUCACAAAACUCUGAAACAUCAUUUCAGAGUUUUGAAGUUGUGUAUAGGUUAACUAAGCUAUGGCAAGUUUACUGAAUUUUUUUCAGCUCUCUACAACCUCUGGAAAGGGUGGUCCUCACAAGUGAUGAUUAUAAAGGUCGUCCUCAUGAGUGAUGAAAACCAGUAUGUGUGUGUGUGUGUGUGUGUGUGUGUGUGUGU